AUGCUACUCGCCAAAGUCCCGCCCAGCGGAGUCUGGGCCCCAACAGUCACCUUCUUCGACCACAGCACUGACAGUCUGGACGAAGUAUCCCAGGCCAAAUACUUCGACUAUUUGUCAAAAACUGGUCUGGCUGGACUGGUUGUGCUAGGAACAAACUCCGAAACUUUUUUGCUGAACCGCGAGGAGCGCAAGACGCUGCUGGAGGUCGCUCGGAAAGCAUGCGGCCCUUCAUAUCCUAUCAUGGCUGGCGUAGGUGGCCACUCAACCAAGCAAGUUUUGGAGUUCAUCACCGACGCGGCGGACGCCGGAGCCAAUUAUGUUCUUCUCCUGCCCCCGGCUUAUUUUGGCAAGCAGACAACACCGACCGUGAUCAACAGCUUCUUCGAUGACAUCGCCAAGGCCAGUUCGCUGCCUAUCAUUAUAUACAAUUUUCCGGCUGUCUGCAACGGCAUUGAUCUAGAUUCGGCGACAAUUGCGCGCUUGGCAAAGAAGCAUAGCAACAUCGUUGGCGUGAAGCUGACUUGCGGUUCCGUGGCCAAGAUCACGCGUCUUUCGGCGGAGUUCUCGCCUGAAAGAUUUGCCAUAUUCGGAGGACAGUCGGAUUUUCUGAUCGGUGGCCUGGCUGCUGGUUCAAUGGGGACCAUCGCUGGAUUUGCAAAUGUAUUUCCCAAGACCAUUGUGAACAUCUACAACCUGUAUCAGGAGGGCAAGGUUCAACAGGCAAUGGAAUUGCAUAAGAAGGCUGCGCUGGCAGAGCAGCCUUGCAAGGCCGGUAUUGCGUCUGUCAAAUACGCCACAGCAUUGAACACGGCCAAAGCCGCGGGGAUUGAAGGUGCACUGGAGAAGUUAAAACCGCGACGACCGUACUCUGAGCCAUCGGAUGUCGAGAAGACUGGGAUUGAGUCACAAACGGCAAGCUUGGUGGGAAUUGAGGCUAGCUUUUGA